CAGUAUGAACAACAACAACCCCGACAACUUGAAGCCCGUAGUGCUCAUUACAGGAUGCACAAAAGGCGGUAUAGGGUACUCACUAUGCGAGUCCUUCGCCCCCCACGCCUCAGUCGUAUACGCCACAUCCCGUUCCCUGGGCUCCAUGACUCCCUUCCCUAGGGGGAAUAUCAAGUGUCUCGAGCUGGACGUGACGAGUGACGAGAGCGUGCAGGCUGCCAUAGGGCGGGUUUUGGAAGAAGAAGGGAGGGUGGACGUGGUCGUUAGUAAUGCGGGUGGGAUGAGUAUAGGUCCCAUCCUAGACGCAGACAUCCCCGAGCUCAAAAGAAGUUUCGACACAAACGUAUUCGGCACGCACCGCCUUGCCAGGGCCUGUAUUCCAGGGAUGCUCAACCGGCACUACGGGCUGUUCGUCCUCGUGAGCAGUGUGACUGCUCUCACUCCCGGACCAUGGCACGGGAUCUACUCCGCUGGCAAGUCCGCCCUGCUGAAUUACGGCGAAACCCUAGCACUCGAAUGCGCCCCCUUCAACGUACACCUCCAGCUUCUAAUCCCCGGUGCAGUACGCUCCAACCUCUCGCUAAACGAAUCAUCUCGCUGGCCCGGGCUGCCCCCGGGUUCCCUCUACUCCCCAUGGGAGAAGGCAGUUAGGGAGCGGAUGGUCGUUUCUCAAAGUGAGGGGGUGGCGAUGGACACGCAGCUUUUUGCGCAGCGCUCGGUGGAGAGGAUGAUCCGAGGGUGGAGGGGGAAGAAGAAGUUGGGAAGGAGGGUCGUGGAAGGGGGAAUGUGUUGGGCGUAUUGGUUUGUGGGGAUGUGGCCUAGAGCGUGGCAGUUAGCAUUUAUUUGGUGGCUUCAGGGGAAGAGAGGUUAAGUGAGAGAAGGGGAAGGAGGGGACGAA